CUGGGCUGUAGACGCUGCCAUCUUGCAAACAACGCGCCGACCUUCGUUCGCGCUCAGGACCUCGAUUAAAUGUAGUUAGUGAGCGCCAGUAUACAAUCAUUCGUUUCAGUUUAGCUUUAGAAAGCCUCUAAGAUUGAUGACCAUAACAAAGUAUCAUAAAGAUACGAAAAUGAAUGUAUUUCAUGAGUAAUAUACACUUUGUUUUCAAAACAACUGUACAUAGUUCUUAAUUUUUGCAGGCAUAUUUUCUGUCUUCAAAAAAUAAUCCACCCUUCCACAGUGGUAAAAGGCGGCCAGAAGGAUCCAGGCCAGUGGGUGACCGGAACUGAAACACAACUAUACCCUCUUCCUCGCUUCUCUCAACCCACAGAUUGUGAGACCAAAGUCUUCCGUACCAUUCACCUUGGAGAGGUCCAUGGAGCAGGUACCAUGAGGCUGCACUGCAGGAUCCUUCCCCUCUUCCUCCCUAUCCUCAAGCCCCUAGCACGUCAAAGACCGCUCUGCUGCCUCCCAGCCAAUGGCAGGCCAACCACAGCCCCCAGACUCUUCCCCUCCUCCUGUCACCUGACCACUGAUGUCCCCUCCUCCCAGCCCCUGGUUGGCCAAGAUACAACGGUCAAAGUUAUGGGCUACUCCUACCCUCGUGAUGACUUCACCAACGUGACCAGCAAGAUCCUGGCCAAGGUGGGCUGCAACCUGCACAACCAAGCCCACCAUCCUCUCUGGCUCGUCAAAGAGCGAAUCAAAGCCCACUUCUACCGUGCCUACAUCAUGCGCUCUGGCAACCCACUUUUCUCGGUCCAUGACAACCUCAGUCCGGUGGUGACGACGGAGCAGAACUUUGACAGCCUGCUCAUCCCGCCCGACCACCCCAGCCGGAAGCGAGGCGACAACUACUACCUCAACCGGAGCACCAUGCUGCGAGCUCACACCUCCGCCCACCAGAGGGAGCUGGUGUGCUCCGGGCUGGACGCCUUCCUGCUGGCGGGUGACGUGUACCGAAGGGACGAGAUCGACGCCAGCCACUACCCCGUGUUCCAUCAGAUGGAGGGUGUACGCCUCUUCUCCAACCACGAGUUGUUUGCCAAGGUGUCAAGUGGAGAGGACCUGUCUCUCUUUGAGAGUGGGGGGCACCGGACCCCUCAGAAGCAGGAAACACACACUCUGGAGGCAGUUAAGCUUGUGGAGUUUGAUCUGAAACAGACCCUCGACCGUAUGGUCAGACACCUGUUUGGAGAAGAGCUGGAGAUCCGCUGGGUGGAGUGUUACUUCCCCUUUACCCAUCCCUCCUUCGAGAUGGAGGUGCGUUUCCAGGAGGACUGGCUGGAGGUGUUAGGCUGUGGAGUAAUGGAGCAGGAGCUGGUGCACUCUGCGGGAGCGAGUAACAAGAUUGGCUGGGCAUUUGGACUAGGCCUGGAGCGCCUGGCCAUGGUGCUGUACGGGAUCCCUGACAUCCGCCUCUUCUGGAGCCAGGACGACCGCUUCCUGAAGCAGUUCUGCCUGCCCAGCAUCAACGACCCAGUCACCUUCCAACCCCUCAGUAAGUACCCACCUCUGAUCAACGACAUCUCCUUCUGGCUACCGGCCGAGGGCUACACAGAGAACGACUUCUAUGACCUGGUGAGGAGCAUCGGAGGAGACCUGGUGGAGAAGGUCACCCUGGUUGACCAGUUCACACAUCCAAAAUGCCGUUGUCUAAUAAGGAGAGGGCUGCAAGGCACAGACAAGAUUAACGCAGAUCCAGUUGCUAUGAAGGAAAGACUAGCCAGAAGAAAAUCAAGGACGCAGAAGCACAGCCACUGUUAUCGCAUCACCUACCGCCACAUGGAGAGGACCCUGACCCAGGAGGAGGUGCGUGUUCUCCACGCCUCCAUCGAGCACACCGCCGAGCAGGAACUGGGCGUGAAGGGGCGGUACUGAGACCCCCUCCGCCGCACCCUCCACCCUCGAAAAAUCGGUUUAAAACCUGGCAAAACGGAAAAGUACUACCCAAACUCAAAUGUUCCCUUUUUCAAUAGUUUUGUCACUGUGUGCCCUUCUGAACAUAACAAUGACUUACACUUUUCAAGCAGACGGACUUCGGCUGACUCUGUUCUCGGCUCUCAUAGAGACACGAGGGGAAUCCUACGGACCAUUCCUGGGGUUCCUCCUCUUGGUAGUACAACAAUAAUGCAAGUGGUUGUAGUACCUACAGAUGUAGGAUCUUAAUUUGAUCACCCUUUUGUUGUUGAGAAUGUUGUAGUGUAUUCAAAGUUUAGAAACUAUUCUAAAGUUUAUCAUUUCCACUUUAAAAUGUCAGGCUUGAUUUGCCACAACAAAAAAUGUAUCAACCACUACAAAAAGGUCCAUAAAUUAUAAUCACCAUAAUAAUUCACAUUUCCUGUUGCUGCAGGACUAUUUUCCUGCUGUAGCCCUGAACUAACUCACCUGAUUCAAGUAAUCAAUGGCUUGAUCAUAAGUUGUCAAGUUGAAUCAGGUGUGCUAGCUCUGGAAUAGUUAAAAUACAUGGAAGGGAUGGCUGUCCCUGAGGAGAGGUUUGGUAUGAGACUAUAGGUAACGACUAGACCUUGAAAGUGUCCUUCAAUGUGACUGUUAGAUAGUGGUCCUGUGUGGCAGAGUUUGUAAGAACACUACUCUAGCAACGCCAAGGUAGUGGGUUCAAUUACUGCAUUGAUCACAUAAUAAAAAUGGAGGCUCUCAUUGUACUGUACAUUUUUUGAAUAAAAGCGUCUGCUAAGUGACAUUAUAUUCACUGAUUCUUCUGGACAAAGCGACACAUCCACUCUAGGCUCUACUCCACCACAGCACCAAGCAACUCUUAUCAUUAGAGCCUCCAGUAACCUUUCAUGUGAAGUGGCUGACGCUCUGAAGUAACACAAUCCACAGCGUCGCAUCACCAGAGGGGGAAUGUGUUUGAUUUAAUAUGGACGGUACCUAAAGUCUUUCGUGCCAUUGGCUUCUUACCAGCCUGGCGAGAGAGACCGACGAACGAACACAAUACAGUCCUGUUGAUGAUUCAAUCGACAUUUGUAUUUGUAAUAUUUUCAUAAAAGACGUGUUAUUAAGAGUGAGGAGGGGAUAUGAUGGUGUUGGUACACUACCUGAGAAGCAUUGUAAUAAAAGCCGCUAUUGUCUCAGUGCUGGGGGAAAGUACAAAGAGUGUCCUUUAUGUCCGUUUGCUUAACAGGUGAUUUCAAAUAAACCGUGACGUUUGGUUAAA